ACUACAACUGAACUCUUCGAACAACUUCAACCACAAGCAAACCCUCAAACCCCCUUCCAACCAACAACCAACCAACAACCAACAUGUCUGACAUCGGUCGCAAGGGUCUCGGCGAGCAGGCUAAGGAGAAGGCCACCCCCGACUCCCAGAAGUCCACCCUCGACCAGGCCAAGGAGGGCGCCUCGGGCGUGUACGACCGCGCUGCCGGAGCUGUCCAGCCUGAGGGCAACAAGUCCGCGACCCAGAAGGUCGGUGACGCCACCCGAUCUGGCGGCGACGAUGCCUCCAACCAGGGCAAGGGCAUCCUCGCGUCCACCCAGGAGACCCUCGGCAAUGCCGCCCAGUCCGUCCAGGACACCUUCUCCGGCAACACUGGCAGCAAGCAAUAGACGGUUUCGCUCGAUGCGCACGGCUGAGUCCGCUUGAUGAGCCUUCUCUUCGAUUAUGGCUUUGAGAAUGGAGGAUUCGUGGAUACAUGUAUCACUAUACCCUAAGUCUGACGAAUGAACAUGGUGUCUUGACCUGACUUGAUUCCCCUCGUUCUGUGAUGUUGCUUCGUGAUCUUUGCUGUUCUCUUAAUCGUUGACGUCGCGUUGACUGCAAUGCUCUGCUACCCUAAGCCUUGGCUUUUGAGAUCUUUACUCAUCACCAUCUUCACAUGCGGUCACGUUCAUUCGCUUCUUGGUAAAACCACUGCCCAAUCACGGAUUUCUCAUUCCAGCCGUUACAAAUCCUCAUCC